GAACAGCAGAUUCGUGCAGACGACGAUAAGGAACGCGGCAGACAACGAAUCUCGAAUCCACGUCUAAAAUUGGGGGAGAAAAAAACAACAAACAAACAAAAACCGGAAUCGUCGUUCGGGAAACGGGGGAUUCGUCUGAAUAUCGACGGUUGCGAGUCCAUCGCCCCACACAGUGAUCGAGUUGAUAUAUGGCGUUCACCUUGAGACCAGCUGUGUCUUUACGGUAGCAUUUUAAAUUGCCUGUAAGAAAACAGCGGCGAUGACUUGGUCCUCGGGGUACACCUGCCAACAGAUAACGGUGAUCGUCUCACGCUGUCGAUGACUGUGGUCGACGUGACGCAGCCACGGCAUCCCGAGCCCAAGUCGGUGGUUGCUGUAGCAGAAUGGACAACCCUUCCGUCUUCCUUCUCUGCUGUGUCGGUCUGCUGUGUCCUGCUGCAUGUUGGGCAAACUGCGAGGCUACGCUUACUAGCUGCUCCGGGUCACGUGACAAGGUCGUCAAGAGCGUGGCUAGCAACGGCACAUGUGCCACACCUGGUGUGCUGGCCUUUAGAGUCCAUGAUACCUACAAAGUGGACGCCUCCUUCACACCAGAGGUCGAUGCGGAGACCGCGGUGGCGCGCGUGUGGGCCAUCGUCUGGUCCUUGAAACAGGCCGUUGACCUCAAGCAGCCCAACGUGUGUGCCAGCGGACUCCUGACUUGUCCUCUAAAGGCGGGCAUCCCCAGCAACACGUCGUUUACCUUUCAUGUCGACCCCCCUAUGACUAUUUCAUCACCGCUGAACGUGAUCAUCAUGUUCAAGUUGGUGAACACUGAGGGGGAGAGUGGCGAGGAAGAAAUCUUCUGCGUGAAAAGCAACAUCGUGAUCGAACCUGCCUCAUCUUUGACCUUCGUUGCCUUGGUAUAGCUGUGACAGCGCCAGUAGCCUGAGCGUUCAUGACACAGGUCAGCUACAGAGACCUUCUGUUGACUUGACAGCCUGGUGGCCAGUCUGUUCUUGAACCUGGCAAGUCCCUUGGACGAUGGAGGGAGUUGAGGGAGUGAGCGGAGAAGAACUGCUCAUGAAGUUAAAGUGAAUGUCUCGUCGUGUAGAUAUAUCUGUAAAAGAGAAAUAAAAGACAAUGAUGAGAAACAGUGUGAAA